GCCCAAUAGUACUUGUGGGCAAAAUAAAUUUGAUUAGAUAUAUAUUUAGUCACAGUUUUAUGGUGAGUCAGGGUAUAUAAGAAGUCCAAGUCACAAUUAUAUUCACUUGUAUUGUUUGCUAAGUUUGAAGAACAACAAAAGACAAUAUGGCAUCAAUUAUCUACACUGGUGUGAUCCUUUUCGCUCUCCUUCAUCAUGGAAUGGCCUAUACCAUCUGGGGUUCAUCAAGCGACCAAGAAGAUAUUCUAAGUAAAACCUUGGAUAUCUACAAAUCUGUGAAUAAAAACGUUAAGACAUCUAAUAUUGAAGUUGAAUCAAAUCUCUUGGCUCGUGAAUUAUUUUCAUUUUUAAAACAAGUUCAAGGAAUACCAAUUCAUCAUGAAGAUACACUUUUAACUCGUGUAGCCGAAAUUAUCAGCAUUAUUGUACACCGAAAUAAUAAUUCAACAUUAACAAAAGCUGAACAAGAAGUUGCUAAAAAUAACAGACUAUUUGAAAAUGAAUAUGCAUGGUUUUUACGAAAUAAUAUUACCUCUAAUGAAGCACAAAAAAUGAUUCGAGAAGCGUUAGAGUUAGACAGUGAUUACAAUAUGGAGCACAGUAAAGUUAUGAGCGAAUUCUUCAAAUUAUAUCUCGAAAGACAGAACGAAUUUCCAAGUUACAGUAAAACAUUUCUAAAUCGGGAGAAAUUCCUCAGUGAACUUUAUAAAUAUAAUGUGAAAAAUGAAUGGCAAGCAUUUUUGAUGAUGACUACAGCUCAUAAACUGCGGUCUCUCGAGUCAAAUGACGAUAACUAUGUCAACGAAUUCCAACGUCUCAGUGACCAGUUGAAAGAAAAAAAUAGUAUGCAUUUAUCAAAGUACUUCAUAGCUAUGAACCCAUUAUUAGGAAACUGAGCAACGUAAAAUUCAUCUUUACUUCAAUAAUCAGUAUCAAAAAACCUAAGAAGCUUUUAUAAUUAUAUAAAUACAUUAUACAUUAUCACUAAA